AUGUGGUGGAAGCCACAGCUUCUUUGGCUGCUACUGCGGCAACUUGUUGUGACGUUUGCGAUAUUUGAACAGUGUAAUCAUCAGUUGGAACUGAAAGCGGGUCAAAAGAUCUACAUCAAUUCACCCUAUUAUCCUGGCUUGUAUCCUGUUGGCACCUCCUGUCGUUAUACGCUGCAAGCGCCUAAGGAUCAUGUCCUACUAUUCAAGUGCGAUUUGCAGCUACAAACGCUUGUGAGGGACACGCGAUGCCGAACCGAGGUGUUUCACUUCAAUGCCGAAGGCGAUGAGCUGUUGACGAGUUCUGAAUACUUUUGUGGCACUGGCAAAUUCGAGCGGCAAAGUUUUCUGAAUCGUGCCGUGAUUUCCUACAUAUCGCAGAGGAAGGAGGCGGUUUCAGCUGCCUUGGUGCCAAAGUUAAAGGAUAAGCUGCCAGCGCGAAUUACAAGCAGCAGUACAACGACUACACGGCCACCCUCCGUUGAGCAGGAGGACAAGGACGAGAAGCAGGCAGUGCAGGAGCAGGAUGAGGACGAUGAAGACUUUUCAAACGAGGUGCUGCACGUGCUGCAGGAUGUGGGCGUGAGCGAUGCCUUGGCUUACGUCGCCUCGCUGCUCUACGACGAACCUAACAAUGCUCGUCGAAUUGGCAGCACGCCCUUGCCAACUUACCUGGCCCAGUUGUUGCCAAGCCGCACUCCAAAGACUUCCGCAAAACGUGGCAAAAUUGUGUCCAUUUAUCCGCUGGGCGUGCCAGGUGGUGGGCGUUUCUCUUGUCUUGUGGAAGCCCUCGUGCCCAACUGUAACUGCGGCUGGAGCCUCACACAGAGAAUCGCCAGUCCAACUAAUGAUGAGGCCGCCUUACACGAAUUCCCCUCCAUGGCCGGUGUUCUGACCAAGAAACUUGGCAAAGUUUUCUGCGGUGCUGCGAUCAUUCAUCAUCAUUAUCUGCUCUCUGCCGCACACUGUUUUCUCAGUGCAGAGACAAACGAGGCUGCCCUGUUGCGCAUUGUGGUGGGGGAGCAUGAUUUGUCCAGUGCCUACGAGACGCUCUUCACUCGCCGCUACGAUCUGGAUGCGCUGAUCCUCCAUGAACAGUUCAGUCAAUCCAAUGGACAGCUGCGCAAUGACAUUGCUCUGUUGCGCACCCGUUUGCCCAUCCUGUGGAAUCGGAAUGUGGGACCCGCCUGUCUGCCUCUGCAGCCUGCGGUCAGUGGCAAAAAACUGCCGCUGGUGGGUCAACAACUGCUGGCUGCUGGCUGGGGCACCACCUCCUAUGGCGGACCACAGACUCAUCGUCUGCUGAAGACCACGCUGGAUGUGAUCAGCGCCGAGCAAUGUCGCAGCUCGCUAACUGAGGGAUCUGUGCCCGUGCACAGCUUCUGCACCUAUACGCCGGGCAGGGAUACGUGCCAAUAUGACUCCGGCGGAGCACUCUACGAGCGCAGUCACGGUCGUCUCCUGGCUGUGGGCAUUGUGAGCUACGGCUACGCGUGCGCCACUCAACAACCAUCGGUGAAUACACGGGUUGCCUCGUUCAUCAAGUGGAUUAGGGCCAAGACACCCGAGGUGGCUUAUUGUCAAAAGCAAACAUGAAAU